AUUCGCCCAAUCUAAUCGUUAACAAAGGCUGCGUCUCCAGUUGUCCUCGUCGUCGAGAAUCAGGUACUUUCACAUUUUAACUUGAAUCUCUCCAACAGAGGACAGAGCAUUCGGCGUAGUCUCUGUCUCGACGCGCUUUAGACAACGAAACUGCAAGCUGCCGCGUAAAGUUACCUUCUCCUGCCUUUGUUUCUACUCGUCCGCGAAAUCCCCCAAUUUCCAAAGGUGUGCCGUCCAUACUUGCGCGCGAACACGAACAAUAUUCUCCACGUGUAUAUCGAAAACGCGGUACUCCUGUGCCCUCCUGUGACUCCCGGGCUGCAACAACGUUAACACUAGCGAACCAGCGACCAUUAACGAUCCAUUUCUGCCUCAGAGGGAUCAAAUGUUUAUUUCUUUCUUUCUUGUUUAAUUCAGCUUAAAAAUACGUUACCGUUAUAAAAAUACGUUCGUUACGAACGCACGCGUUAUAGAUUUCAGUAAUUUUUAGGAAAAAUUACAAAACCCGUCAGGUAGUUCUAAUGUUAAUACGUUUACACAAGAAGCAGCACGCAAGUGGGAAUCAGACGGCCGCAUUUAAAGUCGAACGCGCGUCCUGAGUAUCAUUCUGUGUGAUAACACCUUCCAAUCUAACUCGCAUCGAUCUGUCCCUUCGAGGUUGCACAUCCAUCAUAAGCGGAAAUGAAGAAAUUGAGGGAAACUCAGGAAAAUCUAUGGUAAGAGACAAAUCGUCGUGUACAGUAAACGAAGGGAAUAAACGCGCAUAUGUACGCAUUACGACGCUCUCGCACAUGCGAAGGAACGUAUUAAGGUCCGUGGAUGGUACGCACGUUGUACGUGGCGCGUAGCGGUACGUGCGUCCGACGGGUAGCCGAUUCCGCGGCGCGAACAGAAACGACAGUGGUGCUCAGAGGACGAAGAGAGGGAGAGAGGAGUCGGCAAGAGGGGCAAACGGAAAGGGAGAACCCCGGUGGGGUGGCUGCAAGCAGCAGCAGCAGCAACGAGCAAUGGGAAGGGGAGAAAGGAGAUAGAGAGGCCGAGCGAGCAAGCGAGAGAGAGAGAGAGAGAGAGAGAGAGAGAGGAACAGACAGACAGAGAUAGAGAACGAGAGAGAGAGAGAGAGAGAGCCGACUUCGGACCAGCAUCGCUGUGAGAUCUUGUUCGCUGUAACGCACUAUGAGGGAAACCCCGCCCCCUGUGAGGCAAGCGAACCUGCCGAUUGGUCGAGAGGAAUGAUGGCAGGCGCUGUUGCCAAUCGAUUGCCGUGAGCGCUCGAGCCUGGUCCGUCGUUCGGUUGCGAUUCCCACUCCGGCGAGGAGAGUGACUCCGUGGAGGGGAGGCGCGCAAAAAGUAAAGGUGGGGAACGGCCACCUUCGGCAGGAAGUGAGCUUCGACCCCAAGGAGUAUAGCAUAAAUGCUCAGACUGUUUCGUUCUCCGGUGGAGAGUGGAGGUCGCAUCUCUUCUUCUGCAUCGGGUUCUAAACGUAGUCGUUUCCAGCACGCUGGAACAGUGUAGUGAUAUCGUCGGAUUGUCAUUCGAAGAGGACCGCGUCGGAGCGCGCCCGCGUUUGGCAUCGUGCGUCGUUGCCGCACAGUCGUGACGCGAUUCGUCGAGCGUGCCGCAGCCCGCAGCCAGUCAGAGUGGCUAGCGAGAGACGGAGAGUGGCGAGAGACACUAGAGCGGUGAGGGGAAGAAAGUAAGUAGUGGCCGUCAGUUCUCACUUGGACUCUGUGACCUGCGGAUCGUGUGAGUAUCUCUCCUCGGCUGCGUGUUAGUCGAAAGCGAUCCGUGCGCAGGUGACGGCACACUUCGCGAGUCGAGCUGUAGUUGGGACGUAGCUGACCGAUGGUAUGGUGAUCGGGAAGUGCUUUCUGUCAAUGUCGGGUUCUCAGAGACGAGUAGUUAGACCGUGAACAACAUCCAAGGACAAGAACCCGGCCGUGUCUUUUACGGAAUGUGCGAUAGUGCUUGUCGCAUCGUGCGGACAGUGCGCCCGUGAUCACGCGAUUGGACCUUGUGUUCUUAUCUGCCGAAGAUAGGGUUGGCCCCCCCUUUUGAUGAGGGCCGCUCACCAGUGAUCUGCAGUUUCAAGCAGUGAUCAUUGAGAGGCAGGAAAGCUUCGUGAGUGACAGUAGAACUUAACGGGUCACUUUCAUGUCAUCGCUCGACGCGCGCAGGUGUACGUCGAGGAAGUGACGGUGAAGUAAACCGGGCGACCAUCAUUCCGGACGAUCACCGGUUGCUGCGUGACAGACCUUCGGCGUGCUGCGUCGAUUUUCUUGACGUCGAGAGGUAACAGAAAAGGACGGCAAGCUGUACGGGCACAGGGAGGAAGACAUGCUCACGAUGGAGACGGACCUGAAGGGCGGCAGUUUGCACGGUCAGAUGCCACCGCAUCCGCAGGGUGUAUCACCGAUGGGACACCACGCCGGCAUGCCCGCUUAUGGCACCCUCGGCUCGAUCGUGCACAGCCCGGCGCUGUCGGGAAGUCCGCCUGGCGCGACCGGCCUCGGCAUGGGCCUGCAGCAUCACCAUCAGGCCCAGCAACACCACCCCUACUCGUCCAUGCAGGCUGCCGCGGCCGCUGCCGUAGCUGUGCAGCAGCAGAACAUGCACGCGAUGGCGGCUCAGAACGCCCAUCAACAGCAUCAUCCGCAUCAGUCGCAGCAGCAACAGCAGCAAUCGCAGAACCAGCAUCAGCCGAACAAUCACAGCGGUAGCAGCAGUAAUCCCAGCAGUAACCCUGCCAACAACAAGAACAACAACAUGGACCGCGUGAAGAGGCCGAUGAACGCCUUCAUGGUGUGGUCGCGCGGUCAACGGCGCAAAAUGGCACAGGAGAAUCCAAAAAUGCACAAUUCGGAGAUCUCCAAGCGACUCGGCGCCGAAUGGAAGCUGCUGAGCGAGCAGGAGAAGCGCCCGUUCAUCGACGAGGCGAAGCGGUUGCGCGCGGUGCACAUGAAGGAGCACCCCGACUACAAGUACCGGCCGCGACGUAAGACAAAGACGCUGCUCAAGAAGGAAAAGUUCACACCGGCCGGCAUGGCUGCCGUCGGCGGCAUGCUCGGCGUCGAGCAACGGCAGGUAGGAGCCGGCGGUGGGCCGCAAUCGUCCUCGUUGACUCGGGAUAUGUAUAUGGUGCAACAGACCAACGGCUACAUGCCCAACGGACACGCCACUGCCCACCACUAUCUGAUGCACGACCCGACGUCGGCGACGGUUGCAGCGGCGUAUCAGCAGCACCAGGCGGUGGCGUACAGCGGCCAUAUGAGCGGUGCCGCGGCCACCGCGGCAUCCUACCCGAGAUACCCGGACGCGAUGAGCCACCACAUGAGCGGCGGUAGCCCCAGCCCGAUCAACAGCUACAUGAACGGUUACACCAGUGGCUACGCAAGCACCACCGUUCCGGGCGGCUCGCCCUCGCCCUAUCACCAAGCGCAACCGGGCUCCCAGAUGUCCAGUCACAGUCCAAGCGGCAGCAGCAUAAAGUCCGAGCCGACGAGUCCAGCCAGCGGCGGCAUACACACGCCAACGCCGACGGGGCCGACGUCGGCGGGUGCGGCCGCCAGCCAGGUGGUGAAACGGGAGUACAUGGGCCAGCAGCAGCAACAACCCAACCAGCAGACGCAGGGUGAUCUCAGGCAGAUGAUCUCGAUGUACUUGCCGCAGGGGGUCGAGCAAGGAGUCGUACAUCACAGCACGGCCGUCUACUCGCCCGGUCCGUCGCCGGAGGCAUUGACGCAACACCAAGUCCCUGUGCCGCACCUCCAGCAUAUGAUGGCUACUUAAGAGACCGAAAGAGACACACAGACAGAGUGACAGAGGGAGGGAAAAUGCCAAACAUGGAUAAUCAGCUGUGCGGAUAAAAUAAGGAAAAGAAAAAUACAAAAACAAAAAGCUAUGCAGAGAGUGCGAGAGAAGAGCCAAGACACACAGAGCGAAAUAGGCAGAUACGAAGGAAGGAGAGAAGAUGAGUGAAGAGAGGAGAGGAGAGCCCAACUAGAUCAGGAGAGUGUCUCGCAGCUUUAAAACAAUUUCCGCAGGACCACGAGGAAAAGGCAGGAACGAAAGGACCUCUCGCACUUUGCGCGCUCAAGAAAAAAUAAAGAAAAGGAAGAAGAUUUGUUUAAUAGCACAAGUGUAAUUAAUUGCGAUAAGAAGACUUCCCUUAUUCCUUUAACCGAAAAAAUCGCGCAACCGAAAAAUGUUUUGCUCUAAGUGAGAACUUGAAAGAAGUGAAACUAAAGUGUUGUAUAAAGUCAGGUUUAGUGUUCCUGGUUUUCAUGUCCGGCCAAGCUCUGCUUUGUCUUAAGUCGUAAAUAAUCAGUGUUGCGGGUCCGACAGCGCGCUGACAAUUCUUCGAGGACGCAACGAAUCGAAUUUGUACUUUGUUCAUUCACCAUGCGAGGAAAAUAAUAAUACAAACGAUAUCAUUCAAUGAGACUCGAACAGUUACAUCAACGUGAUAGCGACGGCCGUAAUGAUGAGAGAUUCACGAAGAUGUUGUGAACGACAAAUCUCGAGGACGCCGAGGUCGAGACGAUCUCUCGCCCUGGGUUUCUCUCGUUCCCUCGACGAAGCUUAUCGCGAGGAAUUUGUCGUUGACUGUGAAACGAAAUUUUGACAAUGGUGCUAAUCGGCGUAUACGUUGUAAGUAUCGUAUAAUUGACUUUGGUGGCAUGCAAUAAGUAUAACGCGUGAGAAAUGGAGAUUGUAUCAUAUAUUGAAUAUAAAAUAUCACGAUACAUAGAGCGGGGCCUGAGUAAUUUUAAUUUGUACGAGGUGUAGAGAAUGGGGCGCACCCAUUAUAUGGACCUUGGAAAUAUGUAAUAUCAUAUUCAAGUGUAAAUGCGAAAGGAAUAUGUGUAUAUAUGUAAAUAUAAGUUACUAUAAAAUCUGAGAGAGAGGUAUAUACAUAUAAAUAUAUUAAUUAUAUUCUCCGUUUCCUUUGAUAUUAGAUAUUUAAAAGCCAAUUAUAUUAAAUCGCGUUGCCGUUUUACCGGAGAAUCGGCGCUGUCUCACAAUGUACACGCUGUCACACAAUGUAUAUAAUAAAUAAAUAAAUGAUACGCAAACUAGAAAUAGACGCAAUAUCGAUUUCCCCGGUAUAUGAACUCACCGAAUUAUACAAGUCGUUGUAACUACGUGUAAAUACGCGCGAUACGUUUGAGGCUUAUUUUUCUUUCUUUUCUACAAUUGGCCGCUUCGUGAACGCGUCGUCGAACCAGUGCGAAUCGCGAUCCGAUGAUUCGCUCGCGUCGUGAACAAAAUCCUCAUGCUGUUAUAACGCCUCGAGCUUGCAACACAGCAGGGUUGAGCGCUCAGUUUGCCGUUACUCGCGGAACAUCCAGAUCAAAACUCGAUGUUCCGCGCGUAUUACACGCGUAGAUGUAUGCGGAUCAUCAUCAAUGUACAUACACGAGGAGAGGAUAAGCAACCAAUCAAAAAUCGUCUGCGCGAAAGAAUGUUAGAGGUAAUUUAUUCUAUAUAAUACGCACACACGCACACACGAUACAUAUGUUAUAUAUUAUAUAAUCUUUAUCGAUAUAUUAUAUAAUAUAUAAUAUAUAUGUUAUUAUUAUUAUUGUAUUAUUAUUAUUAUUAGCAAUAUAUUUUGCACUCCGUACUUUUCGAGGCAAUAAUUUAAGUCUUGACUUGGCAUAAUGUAUGUUAAACGCGAUAUACGGUCGACCUUAAGUAGACGUAAGAGAGAAAACAGUGAAGAGAAAAGGUGAAAAAAAUUCCGAGAAGACACAAGAGAGGUUGUGUGAACCGACAUUGUGGAAAACUUUCUUUAGUAGCGCCGACAGAUUCCUCGAGUUGAGCUCCGUCUGGAGGAUCAACCAAUCUCGCGGCGAUCACGAUCGAUCGUUGACGUUUAUGGUGCUCAUAGUGUGUUCACCGAUAUUCUACCUGGUCGCGCGUUCCACUCGCCGCCGGAACUCGCGUGAUGUUCGCUUCGGGAUUCUCGUAUUCGCAGUCGCGAAUGUCGACUCUCGUUAUCAACAAUCGUCGUCCUUGCACGGUCAUUUUCUUUUUUACUUCUUAACACUGCACGCAGUCAGCUAAACGAAGGUUGCAGCACUUUUCCCCGAUUUGACCUUCGCCACGCAUUUCGUAUUCAGUAAGAAAGUAUAUCUCCUGAGAAUGACCAUAGAAGGCCCAUAUUAAUAAUUGUCAGCGGAAACAUGUCCCAUGUGAGGCUUUUAUUCACAGUCGGACUCAGAUUUUUCAGUAGACGUGUAUUAUAUAUGACAUUUGUAUCUAUAAUCGCGAUUCGAUCGAAAGACUCUCAUUUAACUCUAAGACUCGUAUUAAUAGCAACCGAAAGUGAAAUACUCAGAUUUGAAUUUAGAGUUAGAUGUGAGUGUUUUCUAAAUCAUGAACAAAUGUGUCGCAUAUGUUAUAUGAUUCAAAUGAAAAAAUCUCAAAACUAAUUUAAUCUCUAAAUAUCUCACGUAAAAGACAAGUUUCAGGUGACGAUAAUUGUUAAAAUUUGUUUCAAAUGAGAUCCCCAGGUCCAAAUUUAGAGUUAGAUAUGAGUUUUUCAGUUAAAUCGUGAUUACACAUGCAUAUGUUAUCCAAUUUGAACAGGAAAUUUAAACCCAAUUCUAAAUUCAAGUCAGAAUAUCUUAUGUGAAAGACAAGUUUUAAGUCAGUGUUAAUACAAGCUUGAGCAUAUCAAUAAUAAUUGCUUCAAACGAGAUACACGAAAUCUGAAAAUAUCGAGUAUCUUACUUUAAUAUGGACUCAAAUGCUAAUUUAAAUAUCUUAAUUGAGACGAUUUUCUAGUAAUAAUUAUUUGCAUAAACUUGGAAAACAAAUUCUCUUAUGGAAUACGUUGCGAGGAUUCUUCUCAUAGGGGAGAAUUGCUGCAACCUUCAGUCGAUUGUACGAUGUGACUACUUCUUUAACGGUAUGUUUCUACGUGAGAAAAGGGAAAAUCCGACGAAUUCGCGCGACUAACUUAACUGUCGCGAACGAUACUACCGUUGCCGCACUGAUACAGCCAUUGUAAUAGCGUUUGCUCGAUCGAUCGAGGUGUACAGCGCGAAGGAUCUAACCGAGAAUCGAGAUCAGUGCUCGCCGAUAUCUCCGAUUCAGUGUGUGAUAAGAAAAAUAAAAAAAAGCGCAGUGUGUGAUAAGAAAAAUAAAAAAAAGCGCAGAAAUUCAGAGUUCUCGAACAUGACGAAAACGAGAAGGAAGAAGAGGUGCGUAUUGCACAGUAACGAUAUAAUUCCAUGUAAUGAUAACCGUGCGUAAGUUUGUCAAUCGCGAAACUAAUCGAGCGGGAUAUCGGAAAGCAGUGCUUUCGUUUGUCGUUGUGCGACUCGCCUGCGAAAGGGAAAAAAAGAAAAAGAGGGAAACAUGAGUAAGAGAGGACAAAUUGGAGGAUGAGAAAGAAACAGGAAAAGCGUAGGGACACGUGCCUCCCGACGUUUUCCGAUGUCGCGCAGAAAAUGUGUACUUUCCGUCGCGAAGCGUUCCCUUGACGAUGAGAACGUCGCGCGACGGAAACGCGACGUCGUCGCUUCUCGUGAUCGUUGUUUGCUGUCGGUGGAUAUUUCGGCUCGCCUUCAAGCUUGCGAUAUUCGCGGACUCGAGAUUCGUCAAGGCGCGCGCGACAUCGCGCGACAUCGAUAUCUCUGUUGCAAGAGAGCAGCGGAUUCCGUUACAGCAAGCAACGGCGCGUGUGUGUACAUAAAUGUAUAAGUUAUACAAAUCUGUAGCAAGUAAGGGGGACACCUGUGUAUAGAGAAAGUCGCUGCUCUUCUUAAGCGUUCACCGUUGCUUGUUUCUGCAAAAUUUUUCGCCGAGAGGGACGUCUUCUUGCCUCCUCGGCAGAAGAGGAGUGUCUGUCACGAGCACAGCCCCCUUGUACAUAGGAUAUCAGCGUGAGCUCCACGAUGUACAUAGAUCUAUGAUGUAUGUUUUACGCGAACUCUCUUUACGAUGCACGUUAAAAUAUGUUAUUAUACAUACGUCUCUACAUGCAUAUAUAGAUAUUGAGAAUUAAAAAUUCAAUUGUGUUUUUCAA